CGACCAACUCCGACUACAGUUGUCCAGAGCUGCACUGGCUAUCAUUGAAUGAGUAGGCAAUGCGCGAUCCGCCCGGCAGAUACGGUUCGACAACGUGGACAAUUCGAAGGCUUGGCACGUAAAGGCUUCCUGCAUGCUAGUAUCAGAGCGAAUGCGUCUUAAAAAGUUUUCCUUUGGCGAACACAGACACUGGAACAACGCGAGUCAAGUUGAACGGUUGAACUUAAAAACCAUUGUGAACCAGAAAAAUACGUGAUCCAAAUCCAUGCAUUUGAAAUACUGCUUUGUUGUAGGUCCCCAUAUUGACACAGUAUAAAGUAUUGAAAUUAUCAAUUUAUUGUUUUAUUAUAGUCCACAGCUGCAUUCAUUUUGUGUGUUGAUUCCGUGUAUAUAUGAAGUUGAGUUUAAGUCUCUUCAAAGCCCUUAUACAAAUGGAACGACAGCAACGAUGAUCACCAGCGAACGAAAGGCUACCGUUUAAGGGCUGCUGUCGGUGCCCAACGGACGCAUUUCUUCGUGCCACAAUUUGGAUUCGUUUUUUACGUUCUACUUGCGAAAAGAAAUCCAAAGGCCAAAAACCAAAAGCUUUUGCAGGCGGAGCGAAAGGUCAUUUAAAUAAUUACAAAGCCCCAACUUCCACAAGUGGAACGCGUUCACCAGAGUACGGUAAGAGAGAGUUCGGCGGGGCUAGUUUUGUUUAGGCGUUAGUGCAAGCAGAAAAACGCCGAAGUCCGUGCGUUUAGAACGUCUCCCAUUCUCUGGGCGUCCGAGGCACAUUGGGCGUACCAGCAAUGGACAUACCUUAUGCCUGCUGCCGUACCGCGUUUUCGAUAGAGACUGUGGUUCGUAGUUCUUAGUUUGUCCUGGCACGAUGCCCUGACUGAAGCUAAUCCACUGCGAAACGACGAUGAUCACGAAAUUGACCACACUAACGAAAACUCGAAAAAUAUCAAUACCAUUCGGUAAUAAUUACAAGCAGUGCACUACUAGUAGAUCGUAGACCGACUACUAAGAUCCCAUAGAGGACAUCGUGGUCACUGCUACGGCGUUGUAGUUGUGGCCCCAUCGGUUUAUUAUUAUUAUUUGGACUAUUAUACGUUGAAUUACUGGGUUUCAUGAAAUUGUUUAAUGGUGUAUGUUGUUCGCUGGUACCUUGCUACAGCUUUUUUGCCCAAAUCAUCAAAAUCAUGCCAGCCUGAAAGCACGAAAAACAAUUAAAGAUCACUCAAUGAUUUGCGUCUUUCAUCUGGACGCCUCUCGUAUAUUGUCCUUUCGUGGUAGCAGCUAUGAAUAGCUCUAGAAGUGCCCGACUAAAUAUACGAGGAAAACACGGCUGUAGCAUUUGUUUAGGCGACGAUAAUUUCUUAAAUGUCUCAGAUGGUCAGUUGAUCGGUAGAGAAUCGUGUCAUUGGCUUUGAUUUGAUCCUCAUUUUAUUCUAUAAGUCCCCUAGCGCUUGGGCAUAAUCGGACUUCGACAAAAGAAAAGGUGAACAAAAACGUAAAAGAAGCUACUUGUCUCCAUUUUGUGCCUGCAUCUUUGUAUUUCCUACCUAAACUGUGAUUACUGCAGUCGACCUAUGGUGAAUCGGCUUGAGCAAUUUUUCGAGUGACAAAUUUAACAACAGUCAAAGGAUUAAGCUUGUGUUAAUUUGUUUUAAUGGAACAACCUAUAUUAAAUAGACCUCUUGAAGAAUUGUGAAGUGACGGGUUACAGGGAGCUAUUGGACAUAAGAAGACUUUACUCUUGGACAUCUGCUCUGGUCAUUGAAAGCUGAAUGAUUUGAUUUCUAACUGUGGGGUCAUUCUGCUGGAUCCGCGGUAACAACCAUUCUUUCAGCUAGACGGAGUCUUCAAAUGAAGCUGUGAUCUAAUACUUCCACCACGGAUACAGCCAGUAAACUAACAACUAGGCAGAAACAGACAUGGAAUCUGUCAAAUUGCCCACAGCCUUAAUACUGCUGCUGAUGUGUGAAGUCGUUCACUUCAUUCCGGUAGGUUUUGCUCAAGACGACGAUCUUCGAGCGGCAGUCCGAAGUCGUUUAAACCAGAAACGAUCUCAAAAGUUGGGAAGUAACGCAGGCCGAAGACUGCAUCCUGCACUGCUUUCGCGGAAGGACCAAUUGGCGAUCGUGUCAUCUCUAGCGCAACGGACGCAGCGGCACGAAGUCCAGCAAAAAGCAACGUUUCCAACAAAAAGUGGAAUUGAGCAUGAUGAAGAACUCUAUCUACCAGAUCAGGACAUCGGUGUGGCGCACCUGACGGACGUGCGAGUGAACUGUGGGAAGAACAUAAUGGACGUAACAAUGACUUUCGAUAGCCCUUUCUCUGGUAUGAUCUAUUCAAAAGGCCACCACUCGGAUCCGCGAUGCCGGUACGGGGAUCCAUCUUUAUUAGGCAAUGGGUCCGAAGGGGAAAUGACAAGUAAAAACGAAACAGAGAGCGAAUCGACGAUUCUGCCCAAUACUUCAACAUUGACCCGGCGUUUCUCACUUCAGGCAGGCCGUUGUGGGUCCCAGAUCAUUGACGCUGGAAACGGCGAGGCUUACUUCGAGAACACCGUCGUUGUACAACACACUCCGGGUAUACAGUCGGCUGUGGAUACUGCGCGUGCGCUUCGUUGUGUUUUCGAGCCGAAGCCGGGCUCGGGACCUGUCGUAUCGCGGAUCGUGUCAUCAUCGCUUUUGGUCGACGUGCUCGACGUUAUUUCCGUAACGUAUUCCGGUGACUCGAUUGACUCGUACCUCGACGUCCAGUUGGGUAAAGGACCGUUCCACGCGAAUCCUGUUAAUGGAUUGGUCAAGAUAGGCGAGACGCUCACACUCGUCGUCUUUAUCCACGGCGAUGAUUACGACGUCCACGUGAAGGAUUGCGUGGCUCAUGACGGCGACGCAGCUGUGAAUUCAAUACGUCUGAGCGAUAAACGCGGAUGCGUUCUUACCCCCAAACUUAUGGGUCCAUGGCAAAAGACUAGGGAUACGGCGAAUACUGGCGCAUCCGCCAUUGCCUGGGCGUACCUUGAAGCUUUCAAGUUUCCCGACAAGCUUGAGGUGUUCAUUGAGUGUAAUAUCGAAAUUUGCAAAUACGAGUGCCAUCAUGACAAGGAGAAAUGCCUCGAAGCAAAGAAAGCCCGCCUUCGAAAGCGACAUGAACGCGUCUCAAACACGACUGUAAUCGAUGAAAAGUUACUAACCAGGCUGCGUCGUGAUGCCGAGGCCGAUCAAGCUCAGUCGCAAGACCGAUCGUCGACUAGUAACAAUGAGUUAUCGGAGACCGCUCAUCUAAUCAGAGGUAUUCGGGUUAUUGCCCCGGAGGACGUAUCCGAGGACUCUCCUUCAAACCGCCUGAUCAAACCCAAUAUCGGUGUCCACUCUGUUUCUAUGGCAGGAAACGAUCAAGCGGCUUCGGUCGUUAUCAUGAACACGAAUCAACUCUGUGUCUCGACUACGGGUUUCCUAUUUGUGACUGGUUUGUCCGUCGCAAUACUGGUCGCCUUACUUCUAACCAUUGUAGGUUUGUAUUUGCGAAUGCGCCAACUAGAUCCAGAGGUUCAACUAGUGAACGAGGCAGCGAUGGCUGGAACGAUACAACGGAGACAUGUCAUUGCUUCGAUAUCGGAGCGAGCAGGGCAGGGCGCCCCAAGACGUAAAGGGGAUUUCUAAUGUUACUAGACGGCCUAGGCUAUGAAAGGUGAAAUUUAUUCACAGAUCCUAUAGUAUUAUCAAUAUAUUGAUAAUAUAGUCGCAGCAAUAAUAGGGGCUUGGAAGAGACGUCUUGCAGAACGCCAAAGUAAAGGGACAAUGAUGUUGUUCCAGUUGGAUUCAUAACUUAGUUGUCUAUUUCUAACAACCGCCAUAUUAAUGACAGUGAUACAACAGAGGAAAGUUCUACCAGCUAAUCAUGACGGGAACCUUCAUUGAAUCUAACUUACUGUACUCUUUUUUUUUUUACAAUCAAAUGGUUGAGAAACGUAUAUUUCAUUAUUUUUACUUGUGUAUAAGCUUAAAAACAAAAAAAUAAAAAAUUAGCUACAUUCGAAGAACAUGCUAGGCGGUACGCCGCGUCUCAAAACUCUUACAAUUCAUCCUACUUCAUUUAUACCACAACGUCCGCACCUACUAAACGUAACAAGAGCUUCGGUCCUAAACUCAGCAAAGCCGUGUCCCGAUCACCAGCGGAAAAAAGAAUAUAUAAAGGUUUUGCCUCAAGUGAUAGCGUCACGGUAAUAGUUGUUGUCAGUAUCCAUAAUAACCUUGAGGUUAUUAAAGUUACAAUCGUUAAUAUUAUCUGUUAGCUAGGAUCUACGUAUAGUAAAGCAAAACCGUCGGCCAUAUUUCUUCCCGUUAGUAUAGAAAAGGGAAACCCAUACGAGUUGUAAUUGGUAUCUGUUUAAUAGCGCGCGGCGAGCGCUCGAAGCGGACGAUGAGAUGGUUUUAUCAGCGAGUGUACGACGCUCUGUCUCAUUUCUACGAGUUCAGGCAUGUCACAGAGAACCAUAGUUCUUCAUUUCGUAUUAUGGUAUUGUUUCUUUGUCACACGUAUGUGCGGUCUCGGCUUCAGCGUUAACUAUUGAUCGCAUCUAUGGUUCUAGACUGGGUGGUGGAACUUUUAGCUUGGUAUAUAGGCUCUAGAAACAUUUGGCAUCUUAUUUGGCCUUUGCACGCGCGCCCAGCGAAGUACGUAGGUUUUACGCAUAUAGGAGCUGCUAUCGCGGACGCGACUGCCAUAACUACGAGGUGUCGAGAGGCUCUGAGUAACGUUAAUAUCGCACAUUGGAUUGAGCUGCUGUAAAUAGUGUGUGUAUGUAUAUAAUUGUGAGAUCGUUGUAACCUUGGUAAAAUAAAGUCAACAAGUUUUUGUUAUCAUUUUUU